AUGCGGUCUGUUGAGCCCGCAUCGGGUGCGUCGUUUGCUGCCAUGGACAAUCCUCAGCUACAGCAGCAGCAACCCCUUGACAUCCCCCCAGAGUUCUCAGAUAUCAGGGGCCCCAUAUAUCUCACAGCCCAGACGCUGAUUCAACAGGUCGCCUACGCCCUCUCUGAUAAGCUCUUUACCUACUCGCCGGAUACUUUCGACCUGGACGUCGCCGUCAAGCAAUGGGCCUCCCAGACCCGCGUAGGUGCUGGUACCAUUGCUCUGGGCUACAUCUUCUCCAAGGACUUUGACCUGAAAAGGCGGCAUAUUCCACAGUCGAUCAUUGCCUCGUCUGCUACCUUGCAGUACCUGCGCCCGGCUCUGGAGCAGCUCUCGUUGCUCUAUUCGGUUGCCAAUCCUGUUGUUGCUCAUGUUGCCGCGGUGGACUAUACUGGCGGUGCGGUUGGUGGUCUUGUUGCCGACUACACUGCCUCCCUGACUCUUGCGGAGGAAUUGGGUCUGGGCCUGGUUGCGAGUUUCUCCGCCCGCGAAUCUCAGCAUAUGGCUCUUUUCUCGACUCUGUUGGCCAGUACGCUGCCGACUAUUCAUAUCUACGAUGGCGUCAGAGUCGGAAGGGAGAUCACCCAGGUCGCUGAUGUCCUCGAUCUGUCGGGCCUCAGUGUUGUGCACCAGAAAGUGCUGCAGCAACUGGCUUCGGAUCCCGACCGUAAUCACUUAGAUGCUGAGGGCAAACUGCUGCGCUUGCUCAAGGCCUUUAAUGGCCAAUUGGGCACAAGCUACAGCCCCUUUGAAUACAGUGGACACCCGGAGGCAACCUCCGUUCUAGUAUCCUUUGGCACCGUCGAGUCCUCGUUGGCUUCUCAGAUUGCCGCAUCCCUCGCCAAGGGUGGUGCUCGUGUUGGCGUGGUCAACGUGAGGGUCUACAGGCCAUUUGUCGAGGAAUCAUUCUUGGAUGCACUGCCAAAGACUACCAAAGUCGUCGGGGUCCUGGGGCAAGUUCAGGCUGAUUUGGCCGUCCGGGAAGACGGCGUACACUCUGCACUCUACGAGGACGUCCUGGCCACGUUAACCUUUGGGAGUGGCUUCCAUACUGUCCCCCAGUGUGUUGAUAUUAAAUACGCUCCCUCGCAUUCAUGGACCCUUGCGAACACCGCUGCGGCUUUCCAGAAAAUUGCAAAUGAACCGCUACAUUUACAAGGUGACCAAGAUGCCAUGGGCAUCUCCGCAAGUUCUUUGCAGCUGCUCUCCCCUUCCGUCGUCCAGCAAUAUACCUUCUGGGACACAGACGACUCUGCAACAAACGCAGGUGCUAUUGCUCUUGGUCAGGCCUUUGCGAGGGACUCUGCUUGCAAUGUUACCACGAACGUAUUCUACGAUAAUCUUGUCCAGGGAGGAAUGACCCGUACUGAUAUCCGGAAGGGUCCUCGAAGUAUUGAUGCACCUUUUGCGAUUGACUCCGCCGAUGUUGUCUAUGUGGGCGAUAUCAAGCUCUUAUCGGAGCUAGACAUACCAAGCAGCACUAAGGAUUCGGGAAAGAUCAUUGUCAAAUCUUCUGGGUUGAAGGACGAGGACUUGGAGAAGAAGCUUCCGCAUUCAUUCAGAUUGGCAAUUGCGAAAAGUGGAAUAUCACUUCUUAUCCUGGACAUUCCUCCGUCCGAAGAGGCUAAUUUUGAAACUGCCAUUUUUAAAGCGGCCUUUUUGCGAGUUGCCUUACCCGGUCUCGAUGUUAUUGAAGCUAAGAAGCUAGCUCUGGCGCUGGGAGACACAGAAGGACUCUCCAAAGCAGUAGAAGCUCUAGAGACAGUUCUCCGGACGGUUGAGAUCCCGGAAUCGUGGGCAUCAUCAUCUGCGGAAAACGAGCCAGACGGCGCUUCAACCAAACUUCCCGUUGAUGUCCACGCCACUAGUUUUACUUCAUUUAACAAAUCGAAUGACGAGGAGCCCUCAAUCCUCAGAGACUGGCAAGAUGUGGCGAAAGCUUUAGUUUUCAAGGAGGCUUACGGGACCACAUCCGCACUGCGCCCCGACCUUGCAGCUAAGACCUUCACGAUCCACGUCAGCGAGAAUCGACGUCUGACUCCCAAGACCUACGAUCGUAACAUCUUCCACAUCGAAUUUGACUUGGGAGACUCCGGCCUCAAGUACGACCUUGGUGAAGCGCUUGGUAUCCAUGCUGAAAACAACCCUGCGGACGUGGAACAAUUCAUCAAACUCUACGGUUUGGAACAAGACGCUAUUGCCGAGGUCCCCUCCCGCGAAGACCCAUCCAUCUUAGAAUGUCGGACCGUCUACCAGGCCCUGAUUCAUAACAUCGACAUCUUUGGCCGCCCGCCCAAACGCUUCUAUGAAUCUCUCGCUUCUUUCGCCACGGAUGACAAAGAGCGCAAACACCUUCUCUCCCUCGGCAGCGCUGAGGGCGCGGAAGAGUUCAAACAGAGGGCAGAUGUAGACACCGUCACCUUCGCCGAUCUCCUCCUGGAAUUCCCCUCCGCCCACCCAUCUUUCCCAGACCUCCUCCGAAUAGUCUCCCCCAUGAAACGCCGCGAAUACUCCAUCGCUUCUUGCCAGCAGGUAACCCCCACCUCCGUGGCUCUCAUGAUCGUCGUCGUCAACUGGGUCGACUCCGCCGGCCGCACGCGCUAUGGCCAGGCAUCCCACUACCUCAGCAAUCUCAAGCCCGGCGCCCCAGUCACCGCCAGCGUCAAGCCGAGCGUGAUGAAGCUUCCCCCCAAGUCCACGCAGCCCAUCAUCAUGGCUGGCCUGGGUACUGGCCUCGCCCCGUUCCGCGCCUUCGUCCAGCACCGCGCCCUGGAGAAGGCGCAGGGGAAAGAUAUCGGCUCAGUGCUCCUCUACAUGGGCUCGCGCCAUCAGCGUGAGGAAUACUGCUACGGCGAGGAGUGGGAGGCGUACCAGGCCGCGGGAGUGAUCACGCUGCUCGGCCGCGCCUUCAGUCGCGAUCAGCCGCAGAAGAUCUACAUCCAGGACCGCAUGCGCCAGACGCUGCCGGAGAUCACCCAGGCGUACAUUCGGGAGCAGGGGGCAUUUUACCUGUGUGGACCGACGUGGCCGGUUCCGGACGUGACGGCGGUGUUGGAGGAGGCGAUUGCGAUAGAGGCGAAGGAGACGGGGUUGGGGAAGAAAGUAGACCCGCGGAAGGAGAUUGAGAAGCUGAAAGAUGAUUUGAGUGAGACAAAACCGGAUACCAGGGAUAUGAUGAGAUCUUUGAUAUAG